UAUAUACAUUUUGCCAAAAAAAAUAAAUUCAACUGGAGAUAAAAAAAAAGCAGGAGAGAGAGCGUAUAAAAACAAGAGAGAAUGAGAGACAAAACAAAAAUGUUUCUGUCUUCUAAUCUUGUUUGUCUUGCUUUGAUUCUGCUUUCUAUUUAUGAUAAAAAUGGAGCUGAAAAACCCACAACAAUUCAAAACAAUCUCGCGUUUGCUACGUUUCCGUCAACUGACACAACAAAACGAUACCGAUUUAAUGAAGGUGGGGGCAAUAUAAAUUAGGGGUUGGCAUUGGGCGGGUCCGGGUUUUUUCGAGCCUGGUCGCCUUGAAAACCGGAUAAUAAAAUUAGAUUUUCGGAGUUUC